AUGAAUACAUUCUAUGUGGGCAACAUUCAAGAUUUUGAAACAAAAGCUGAUAAAUAUUUAACAAGAUCAGACGAUUACAAAGUUCUAAUUAAUAUCAAUGAUGAAAAUAAUGAAAAAUCAUUCGAUGGAGCAUUAAAAGAAAUGAUUGAAUCAAUGAAUUCUUUAUUCGAAAAAUUAAAAACUCAUAAAGCAGUGAGUGAUGAUUUAUACAAACGAUUAGUUGCUGAUCUAAGUAAAAUCAAACUACCUUAUUUAUAUUUCUUACCAAAUAUAUCCAAGGAAAAUGGCAUUUCUUUAGUACCUAUUAUUACAUCACGAUCUAGUGCAGCAUGGAAAAUUGGUAAAUAUUUAAAUCAAUUAUUACGACCGUUUGUCGAUGAAAUUUUACAAUCAACAAAAUUUACUGAUGACACUGAUUUUUUUCAAAGAUUCAAUCAUUAUGCCAAUACAGAACGUCGUCUUCGUCCAACAACUAUCUUUUGUGCAAUUAAAAUAACUAAUUUUUACACAUUAGAUGAACAUCAAAAUAUGAUCGAUGUCAUUGGUUACUUUUUACAAGAUAACUUAGCAACCAACGAACUUGAAUCAUUAAUAAUUCAAACUAUUCGAAAUCUAUUAUAUUUAUUUCUUUACAAUAAUAUCUUUUGUUACAUAGAUAACAUUUAUACAUUUACAAAAGGUACUCCAAAUGCUAUGGCAUUAACAGAAACGUUAUCAAAUAUUUAUUUAUUUUCAGUUAAUCAUGAUCCUAACAUUCCACGUUAUACAUUACCAUAUGUUAUGGGUCAUUCAAAAUCAGCUCAUAUCGAUGAUUUUCAACAAGAACGAAUUUAUCUUGAAUUAACUUAUCUUAUUAAUAGUUAUUCAUUAUUAUUUGUUGAAACUCAUGUCAAACAUUUUUUCAAUUAUUUUCAUGCUCAAAUUAUGCGGUAUUCAGCAAAUCAAAGCACAUAUGAUAAAUUUUGUCCACAAUGGUUUAAGUUCGUUGAACAACAACAUGAACUUUCAGAACAACUUCAAAAAUUUGAUAAUAAUGGUCGUUUAAUUCAAUUCAAUUAUAUUUAUGAUUUUGGUUCAAGAUGUCGAUUCAAUCGAGAUUUUUAUCAACUUUGGUUUCAUUAUUUUCAAUAA